AUGGUUCCGUGGAAAAGUCGACAACGGCAAGAGACACAGCGAGAUACGCAAGCGCAACGGAUACGAAAUGAAGAUCACUCAGCUGGAGAUCUGUCAGGAGAUCAUGCCGAACCCUUUCCUUUUGUCGCUUUGUCUCUUGAUGAGGAGGCUUCGAUUCCAAUGGACAACGAACAUCCACCAACGCAACCAACAUCCAAUUGGAUGAGGCAAUCUUUUCGACGUCAAGGACUGCAAGAAGAUUUUGCUGGUGGAGAGGGUGAAACUAAUUCUCUGCCUAUUUCCAUAUCCCCACAAUCACUGUUAGUAGAUCUGCCACCAUCUGAUAUUUCAUCAUCAGCCGCAUCAAAUCAUGCCGCUUUCAAUCCCACAUGUAAAAAUUCGGAUUUCAAAAGAGCGAGUCUAAAUCCUCAGUACCUCCGACAUGGCAUUUCACAAGAUAAUCAGUAUAUUCGACAUGGACUUCAGCGAACAUUAGCAACCAACUAUCAGCCAUCUCAGGCAAUCGCGAUCUUUUCAAAAGAUGGACAAAGAAAGCUAGCCGCAGGGUACUCUGAUGUUAAACUAUUACCUGAAUGGAUUCGAAGACAGCGCGAAGAAGAAUCAAGGCUUCGGCAUGAGUCAGUGCCCUUCCUACUGGAAACUGAAGUUGAUCAGCAAAAGGAAUGGCUUGAGGUGGAAUUUCAUCCUAGAUUGCAGAGCGCUUUACUGGACCGCCAUCAUCAACACCGGGACGAGGAAUUAUUGAUUGAGUAUACUCAGUACGUAAAGAGCGGCAAAUGCCUAUCGCCUCGAAUUCAAGAGUUCUUGUUGGAGCAAGCCAAGGCGCUGGAAAUACUGAAGACACGGCCAUCUCCAAUACAUCGUGGAGAAUAUUCGUCGGAAGCAUCAUUGCAAGUGUCACAGGAUCAAUCUUCGGUUUCCACGGAUAGGCGGCUUUCAUCAUCCUCGAUAUCCAUGAGAAUAUGGAUGGAUGGCCAUAAUUUAACACCUGCAGAAAGCAAUCGUCGACAGUUGCAUGCUUCCAACGAAGGGAACCAAACAACUGUUUCCGACUUGCUUUUGUUGCCACCACACAAACAAGAGACUAGCGGCGGUGGUCAGUCAGAAAAAGAUGGUGGAGAUGAUAUGGAUAGCCGCUUUUCAGACGUAGAUUACAUGACUGACUACCAGUGGUCGGCUUUGCGAAAAGCCAUUGUCAGAAGUAAUUCAUCCUUAGUGGGAAAAUGGAAAAAGGCCCUGAACGCAUCUUCAGACCUUCCAUCCCAGCCAGUCCCACCGAAACGAACGAUGCAUAUACAAACAGCCCAACAACAAUUGCGUACUGCUGGUGAUGCAAGAACGUCAAAUUAUGACAGCGGUGAUGAUGAGUUGGAUCCAUUGGUUCGUACCCCAUCACCACAACCACGACAAGGGUCGGCAGACAAGCAACCGGGGCCCCUUCCAAAUGAGACUGUAGCGGUUUUGCCGAAAGGACCCCAAGAACAGAUACAGUCAGCAAUGAAUGAAGCAAUCGCCAACAUCCAAACAAGAGUGUGUCCGAAUUGUCAGCAAAACAUACUGGAAAAAGAGGAGAAUGGCAAUAAUAAAAUUACUUGCUCCAUGUGUGGUGCAAUAUCUUGCUACAUUUGUCGGAAAAUUGUCCCAGCUGCUGCCUUGAAUCACUUUGGCACUGAUUCCACACGCUCUGACUCCAGUGGGAAGUGCCCUCUUUGGACUGAUACGCAAACUGACCUGGAACACGACAAGAAACUGGCAAUAGACAUGCUGAUGGAGAUUACGAAUCAAGUGUUGCGAGAUACAUUUCAUUCGAAGAGGUAG